AUUCGGGAAUAGAGUUGGAAAUAUAACAAAUAGAUUGUGUGCUAUCCGAGCGUUCAUAAUCGGCUACUUUUUCUUGGGCUGGGUACAUAGUUACGUGUGAACUCACUUUGGGUAACUUUUGUAAGAAUGGCUACUAUGGACCCCACGCUCCCAAUUGUGAAGAACCUGCUGUUGUUGGACUCGGAGGGCAAGCGCAUCGCCGUCAAGUAUUACACACCUGAGUGGUCGACUGUGGCAAGCCAGGGAACCUUUGAGAAGGCGCUUUGGAACAAGACGAGUCGAACGAACGCACGAGCAGAGGCGGAAAUUAUCAUGUUUGAUAAUGUGGUGGUCGUGUACAAGUACAUCGGCGACUUGAUGUUCUAUGUGACGGGCAGCCAGGACGAGAACGAGCUCGUCCUAUACACGGUCCUCCAAGCUUUCUACGAGUCGGUGACAAUCCUCUUGAGACAACAAGUGGAGAAGAAGACCGUCCUCGAAAACCUGGAUCUAGUCCUCCUGGCAAUCGAUGAAAUUGUUGACGGCGGUAUCAUUCUGGAGACGGAGCCAGCGGUCAUUGCCUCGCGGGUAACGAUGCGGGGAGCGGACGGAGAGCAGGCUGCGAUGCCGAUCACGGAGCAGACGUUCUCCAAGGCGCUGGCCUCCGCAAAGGAGCACUUGGCGCGUUCGCUUCUCAAAUAAGGAGAGGGGGACCCCACCGGGAACGGCCCGCGCUGCACCAUGGAAAUCCACGUGGAUUACGGGAUUUUCAAUAUCAGCCGCGGCACACAGUCCCGCGUUGUGCGGCGCGGGCAGGUGCGUCUGCUCGGGACACGGCUUUCAGCUUGGGAGCAUUGCUUGCGUUUGGGCGCAGCGCGCAGCAGCACAGUUUUGCACGGGCGGGGCAUGCCGUGGGGCAUGUUCCGGACAUCCUAGAGGCGAUAGCUGCGCAUGGGACUAUGGACAUAUUUGGUUUGGGCACGCAGGUAUCCGCUUGCGGCUUGAACUCGUUUAGUGAGCAGUGGACGGAGGUGGAGCUGGGGUGGAGAGCUUCAAAUAAUUUGGGGGAUCUGCAUGGUCUUGGACAACAACAGGGUUUUAGGGGAGGGCCAACCGGGAGAGGGGGGACGAAGGCCCCACCCUCGUACUCGCCCCGCGGAUGUGUGGGCGAGUACUCGAGGCUCGUGCGUGCGGAGCUCUGCGGCAAAAGUUCUCUCAUGUUUAAGCACCUCCUUUAUUGACUUGCGAGGUACGUGUACAAGGGUGUGUGAGCAGGAGGCGCCGUGCUCUGAGGAGCACACCCGUGACGACGAAAAGACGGAAACUGGGUGGGGAUCUUGCUUGCUUUAGCGCUCGAUUGGGCUUCAUGGAGAAGACUUUGGGGCGAAGAUGCCCGGCUGGUCUGUUCUGGGGUAACCUAGCAGCAUGCUGUCCAGUACGCUAUGGGACUUUUGGUCGGGUUUCGGGUGCGGAAUAUCAGGGUUUAAGGGUAAAGGACACACGCUCGACAAAAGGUAUGGGAGAUUAUGCUUUGGCUCGACAAGAGCUAUGGGGGAUAAUGCUUUGGCUAUCUGUGACUCACUGCCGUUUGUGAAAGCUCCGGUCUAGGGUUAUCGUAGGCUCGUUGGGUUGGCUACAGAUGAGUGCACGAGCGAUGAUACGGAUUCUCGAGCGAGUCAAGGCGGAAGUGGACCGACAUAUGGAUUCCGUGUACGUACUACGUUUAUGAUUAUGUUUAGCGCUUCGGAGCCGUUGUGGGUCGGAGCCGGCGCUCCAGCCAGCUGCCGGGCGCUGACAUUGCAUGAAGCAUUGCUUUUUAAGGAGGUUCCAAUGUUGCAAUGAGACCUAAUCAACAAUCGCCGUCGUUCUUCCUACUGGAAAGCCAAGUAUGCUAUCUGGGUGAAGGUCGUGUAUAGGUUCGAGGGGGCUGGUGUCCGUUGAACGGCCGCUCUCUCCACAUUGUACGGAUGGAUGG